AUGGCAGAUGAGGAAGAAGACCUGACCUUUGAAAAGGAAAAUGAAGAAAUUGGAGGAGUCGCAGAAGGAGGGCAGGGUAAAAGAAAGAGAGUUUUUCCUAAAGAAUUACGAUGUAUGAUGUAUGGAUUUGGGGAUGACCAGAACCCUUACACUGAAUCAGUGUAUAUUCGUAGAGACCUUGUCAUAGAGUUCAUCACUGAAAUGACUCACAAGGCAAUGCCAACUGGAAGACAAUGUCAAGUACAAGUUGAAGAUACUGUCUUCUUGAUUCGAAAGGACCCAAGGAUCUUUGCUAGGGUUAAAGACUUGCUUACUAUGAACGAAGAGCUUGCUAGAAAAACAUUUGAUGAAGCAAAUUAUGGGUCUUGA